AUGCAGUCAAAUGCCAGUCCACUCAGACCAGCCAUACUCAUCAUCUCGGAAACGGCAUUCAAGGACCCAGCCACUGAUAAAGCUGGGAAUAUCCUUCGCGAAACACUAAAGGCAGAAGGAAGUGACAAAUGGACAGAGCCCUGGAUUGAGAUUGUCCCAGAUGACGCCACGAGGAUACAAAAUGCAGUCCGCAAAUGGACCGACGAUGAGCACAACAAUGCCAACAUGAUAAUAACAACUGGAGGGACGGGUUUUGCUGUCAAAGACAUCACCCCAGAGGCUAUUGCACCGCUUAUUCACCGUCCGGCUCCUGGCUUGAUACACGCCAUGCUGGCAGCAUCUCUGGAGAUUACACCAUUUGGCGCAAUGUCGAGACCAGUGGCUGGUGUAAGAGGUAAAGCCUUGAUAUUGACACUGCCAGGAUCGCCUAAAGGGGCAAAAGAGAAUCUGCAAGCUGUUCUGAAGAUGUUGCCACAUGCUUGCCUACAAGCAGCAGGUGCAGACUCACGGACCAUGCAUACUGGAGGUGUCAAGAAGCUGGAAGAGGACGCUGGGGUAUCUACUAGGAGCGAGAACGUUUCCAUAGCUCUUCCACAUCACCAUCAUGAUCAUCACCACGGCCAUGGCCAUAAGAUCCCACAAGCUCACACUAAGCCUGAGGACAGACCUCCAAGGUCUAAUGAUCCGACUCUCGGGGCCAGCCAGCGGCAUCGGUCCUCACCCUACCCUAUGUUGUCAGUCUCGGAAGCUGUGUCUGUAAUCCUGGAGCGUGCUCCAGCGGCAGUCACUACAAGUCUACCUUUGUCGCCAGCUCCAGCCAAUCAUGUCAUAGCAUCUGACAUUCAUGCCCUUGAAGCCGUUCCAGCCUACCGAGCUUCGAUUGUGGAUGGCUACGCUGUCAUGGUACCAGACAAGGCCUCGCAGAAGCACGUUGGCAUCAAAGGAACUUUCCCAGUAGCAGCGGUGUCCCACGCUCAAGCCUCCAGUAUGCCUCCUCCACUGGUUGAGGGCACAAUCGCUCGCAUCACGACAGGAGCACCACUACCAGCAAACGCCAACGCUGUGGUAAUGGUCGAAGACACCGCCGUCGUCAGCACCACCGCCAAUGGGUUUGAGGAAGCCACCGUCGAAAUCCUGACGGAUGCUGUUGAAGCUGGGGAGAAUGUUCGGGAGCCAGGCUCAGAUAUUCAACUCAACUCCCUAAUUCUACCAAAAGGCACAUUCAUUACCAGCCUCGGCGGCGAAAUCGGCGUCCUAGCUGCAGCAGGGAUUCGUACCGUUCCCGUCUUCACCAAACCCCGUAUCGGCGUCCUAAGCACAGGCGACGAAGUAACCGAUAUCUCGGACCCCAUCCCCCUCUCCGGCGGGCAAAUCCGCGACUCGAACCGACCAUCUCUCCUCUCCCUCCUUCAAGGCUGGAACCUCUGCUCCGCCGUCAUCGACCUCGGCAUCGCCAGAGAUACACCUCCUGGAUCCCUCGAAACAGUACUCCGCUCCGGCCUUGCAAACCAUAAUCUUGACAUCAUCGUCACGACGGGAGGCGUCUCUAUGGGCGAGCUCGACCUCCUGAAACCAACUAUCGAGCGCAGCAUGGGUGGCACGAUCCACUUUGGCCGAGUGAGCAUGAAGCCUGGUAAACCUACCACGUUUGCCAGCGUGCCCAUCAAAGACACAGUCUCAGGAGACAGGAGGGAGAAGUUGAUCUUUGGGUUGCCAGGCAAUCCGGCUAGCGCGGUUGUGACGGCGAAUCUGUUUGUGUUGCCGGCGUUGCAGAAGAUGGUCGGGCUUGGGGGAAAGAGGGGCCUGGAGAGGGUUAUGGUGAGGUUGGAGGGAAGGGUGAAAUGUGAUAAGGCGAGGGUGGAGUAUCAUCGGGUGGUAGUUAGCUGUGGGAGAGACGGAGGGCUGUUGGCUGCGAGUACGGGUAUGCAGAGGAGUUCUCGGGUGGGGAGUCUGGCGUCUGCGAAUGCGUUAUUGGUGUUGCCGCAGAGGGAGGGCUGGUUGGAAAAGGGUGAGAUGUGUGAGGCGUUGAUGAUGGGUCCGGUGAUUGGAUUUGGAUAG